UCCCUUGGAUUGCAGAUAAGGCAUCAAAACCUCUUUAAGUAGGUUGUAGAUAGAUAGAAGAGGAGGAGGGAGAGUUUCGAAAGAGAGAAAAAAUGGCUUCUUUGUCAAUGGGAAGUUGGGUCUGUUCAGGAAUAGGAAACCACGGACCAUCCGCUUCGCUUUCUCUACGUACUGGUUCUUCAAGAAUGACUACUUCUGUCUCUUUGAAAAUGGCUUCUAAUGUCUCUACUCGUUCUGGGUUGCUUCACUGCUCUUUUGUUUCUUCCUCUGCACUCUCUACCUUAUCUUCUUCAACAUCCUUUUCCGGUUCAUCAUUUGGCUUUGGCUUCAGUUCCAACAUUGGAGUGAGCACCACUAAAAGGCGUGGCCUGGUGGUGCAGGCAAAGAAGUAUGCUCUUUGUCAGACUAAGAGGAAUAGGUCAAGGAAGUCGUUGGCUCGAACACAUGGUUUUCGCAAGCGUAUGAGUACCACCAGUGGUAGAGCAACUAUUCAGCGGAGACGUGCAAAGGGCCGAUGGGAUCUCUGCCCAAAGUCUUCACCUAGAACUGGCAAACGAGCUUAAUGUUUAUUGUAACUGAUUUUCGUUGGAUCAUCCGGCUGUUGGAAUGUGUAAGUUGAAAUAAGAUGUGCCCCAAUCGAACCAGAAACUGACCUGUCUAUGCUUCUUUUCUCUAAAUUAGUAGCUAGUUAAAGACAAUAUAUGUAUUCUAUUCCUCAUCAAUUUGGUUAUACCGUAUGUAUAAGAAGCAUCCUAUCCUAAUGCAGGAAAAGUUUGUAUGAGCGAAA